AUGUCUUUGGAACAGAAAAAACCUUUGCGCCCGCUACUUCCAGCUCUGCCUUUGUCGGAGUUUCAUGUUGCUCCGCAUCUCUCAAGCAUGAAGCCGCCGACGACAGCUACCACUCCUUUCAAUCAUAUGGACUCACACGCCCUGCCAAGCUGGUGCGAACCUGGUCAGAGCAUAUGGGGGGAUAAUCACGUUGAUGCUGCACCGCCGAAACGUGACUGCUGGGUUGAGCAUGGGAUUAUCCAAUUCUACUACUGUGCCCCGGUUCUUGAUUGUCAUACACGGAUGCCGCUAGGGGACCAUGCCAUUCCCAGCCCCCGCCACUCCCAUGAAGCAGACCGUCCGCUUGAAGCGGCCUCAAUAAUUUGUGUGCCACCACUGAGACUAUUUCUGGCGAGCCGAAUUGUCUCGGAGCCACUGCCCAAUAUAGUUGAACGGACGCCAGGGACUGAUUUAUCGACAAUGCAAACUAUCAACCCUGCGUUGGUCUUUCCGAGUGCAUCGACAACUACACCUGAAUCCUUCAGUUGUAGAGAAAGCCAUCUCACGGCUUCUGAAGCCUGCCCCAUCCCCUCUGGUGCUGGUAUCUCCUCUACUCGGUUGCUUGACCCGCCAAAGGAGAACUCCGAGAAAAUCGACGAUACUACCAUGUGUAUAAGCGACCCUUCACUGCAUGACUGUCCCGUCUAUCGCAAACAGCCCGGGCAUGAAUUGGAUUUUGAGGACCCAGGAUAUGAUAUGCACAAGCGAAAAUUCAAUUGCACCAUCAUUGGCUGCAGAAGGGGUUUCAAACGUCAGGACCACCUCGAGCGCCAUAUAAAAAGCCACUCAAAGGAAAAGCCCUAUGUCUGUUGGGUGCCUGGAUGCCACCGGGCAUUUGCACGCCGUGACAACCUCAAAGCACAUUGUACAAAGACACAUACGAGACGGGGUGGUCGCAAUCGUUAUGUUGCUACCCUCGACGAGACGAGCCCCGACUACGAUCCAGGGUACCGAGGACAGCUUUCAUUUGAUGGACUCCCGCUCAGGUUUCCAGCACCUAGCAGCCCCGGGCCUGAAGCUAAGCUUCAACAACCAUGA